UUGUCCCUACUUUCCUCCUCUUUCUCAUCCUCUAUCUUUCUCCGCCGUCUCAGGCGUAGCUUCGAAAAUCGAAUCGCUGGAGAUCGAGAUCGAGAUCGAGAGAGAGAGAGAGAGAGAGAGAAUGGGUUAUACGAAGGAUCAGUUGCUUGCUCGUCUCCAGGAGUUGAAUAUCGAAUUUACAUGCUAUGAUCAUCCUGCCGUGUUGACAGUCGAAGCUCAGGCAAGUUAUGUUGGGCACUUGGGAGGUGCAUUGAGUAAAAAUCUCCUGUUGAAGGACAAGAAGCACAGACUUUAUAUUGUUUCUGCUCUUGCAGGCACAAAAGUUGACUUAAAAAUACUAUCGCAAAGGCUUGGGUUGGGAAAAGGAGGUUUACGAAUGGCUCCAGAGGAAGCAUUGCAAGAAGUGCUUCAGGUGCCAUUGGGCUGUGUUACUCCAUUUGCGUUAAUUAAUGAAUCUGCAAGCACUGUUUCACUGCUGUUGGAUCGGGGUUUUAAAGCUCAAGAGUGCUGCUACUUCCAUCCACUCACAAAUGAUGUGACGAUAGCCCUCAGUGCAAGCAACCUUGACAAGUUUCUGGUAUCAAUCGGAAGAGAACCGGCUUAUGUAGACUUGGAGGCUUCCCCGGUGGUAGGUAAGGACCAUCCGCCUGAUCUUGCAUCCCUUGUUCCAUCCGAGCUUCCCAGUUUGCCGGAAUCAGUAGUAGAGAAUGACACCCCUGCUCAACUUUCUGCUCAAAAUAAUGUGCCUAAGGAAAAGAAGCCAAAACAUCCUCCAGAAGCCAGUAAUCAACCCAAUGUUCAAAGCUCAACUACCAAGAAAGCAGAAUGUACAACAGAUCCGCUGGCUGAAGCUACAGAUAUUGAGAAGUUUGUAAAGGAAAUCUUGGAAAAGAUCUCCCCUGCUUUUGUGACAGAGAUGACCAAGAAUUUGAGUAUAGAAACAGAAAAACUUUCUGAAUCUUCAAUAUCAGAUGGAGUUAGAAGACGUGUCACUUCUGAUUUGCAGAGCAUGGCAAUGAUUUUGAAGAACGCAGCGUACACUGAAGGAUUUCAUGCAGGUUUUGAAGCCGUGAUUCAUUCAGGUCUAAAGGGGCGGUCUCCUCGGAAAUAAGCUAAUGAACAGAAGGUGCAGGAAAGUUAUUUAUCUAGUUAUCAUUUUACAUCAAGGAAAUCAUUGUGAUUUUGAACAUAAACGUUAUCACUAAUCGAAUACAACUUUCAUUUCUUCAUGUCCUGUUAGAUCUCAUUUCUGAUCUCUUCUAUUUUCCUUCUUGUAUAUCUAUUUAUGAAGCUGGUGCCAGUUUUGGUGGGUAAGGAUUCCUUGAUACAUUCAUGAUAUUUAAGGUGACAAUGGAAUGAAGCUCGAAAUUUGAAAUUUGAACUUC